GUUUUAUGUAUUCAAUGCUAAAGCACUGGGUCUGGAGACGAGAUCUGAGUGUGCAGAGCUGAGUAAGUGAAAUAGUCAGAUAAGCUUGUUCCAGUGACAUAAACAGUCAGGAUCAAAGUCUACAGGCUGUUGUCACUGAAGGAAGGAGGGAGGGUGAAGUCGAGGCAGUAGAUCUAUAUUACAACAAGGCUUGACUAAGCGGUGCUGCAGUCUCCAUGUGGAUUCCUGCCAACAAGGAGAGUUGUCAAUGAGAGCUGCUGCAGUUGUUGGGUUGAAACUUUAGCUUCUUAUCAGGCGUUUCCAGGCUGUUUGAAUGACAGCCAGCAGGGCGGAAUCGGUUCCUCUUUUGCCUCUGGCUUUAUUGCAAUUACGGCUCUUUCUGUUCGGUACAUGGCGACAUUUAUUGAGCGUGAUUCAACUUAUUGCCAAUGAGCGCAAGUCGCAGCUUGUGUGAAGUUCAUCACCAUCAGCAGCAGCAGCAGCAGAAGAAGAAGAAGAAGAAGAAGAAGAAGAAGAAGAAUACCUUUUAAGGAACUGACACAGCGCACAACGUUGGAUUAUUGUUGCGCGGAGGAGAGCGUGUUUUCCUGUUAGUUAGGUUUUAUUUUUAGCAGAGGAAAUUAUGACUUCGGUUUGGAAAAGACUUCAGCGGGUGGGUAAAAAGGCUUCAAAGUUUCAGUUUGUUGCCUCUUACCAGGAACUCGUGUUGGAGUGUACAAAGAAAUGGCAACCAGACAAGCUGAGGGUGGUGUGGACCAGGAGGAACAGACGCAUGUGCUCCAAGCUCCACAGUUGGCAGCCUGGAAUCAAGAACCCCUACAGAGGCAUGGUGGUGUGGCCUGUCCCCGAGAACAUCGACAUCUCUGUUACACUCUUCAAGGAGGUCAACGCUGAUGAGUUUGAGGACAAAGAGUGGACCUUUGUCAUUGAGGGUGAGAGCAAGGGGCAUCGUAAGGUUCUGGCCUCAGCAGACAUCAACCUGAAGCGGUUUGCCAGUCCGACGCCGACCCAGACUGACCUGACGCUGAAGCUGAAGCCGCUGUCUGUCAAAGUGGUGGAUGCCACUCUCAAGCUGUCGCUGUCGUGUGUCUUCGUUCGAGAGGGGAAAGCCACUGAUGAAGACAUGCAGAGUCUUGCCAGCCUGAUGAGCGUCAAACCCGCAGAUAUCGGCAACCUGGACGACUUCAAUGAGAGCGAUGAAGAUGAGGACAAGAAGUCUGUCACUGCUACAGUCGUCCCACACACUCUUAUUCGCCCAAAUCGCCCUGCUCCCCCUCCACCUGACAAGCGAGACUCCGCUGGACCCUCUUUUCCAGCCUCAGCCUGUGGACGUGAUGGCGGCCCUCCCAGUCCUGCCGUCCACUCCCGCCCUCCUCUACCUAUCGCUCCUCGCCCCUCGCCCCGUCGCAGCCGACACUCCUUCCCCACCCCCGCUGUCCAGUCAGAGAUCCAACCUUCCCCCGGCCCCUCCCCUCAGCCCUCGCCCAGAUCCAAGCACAAACAAUCUUCCCACCUUCUCCUCCCUGAGGCUCUUGCUACUUCUGACCCACUACCCAAUCCUCCAAGCUCUCAGGUCACAGCGGCUGCUCCCUCAAUGCAGAGUUCCCCCUCUGCCCUGCCUCUCUCGGAUGUGUCUCCUACAGAACCUCCAUCCCCCAAAUCCUCCAGGGCACCCAUAAUCACGCCUUCUUCCCCUCAUCCUCCAUCUCCCAAAUGCUCUGAAUCUUUGCCAACUUUACCUGCUGCCUCAGUGGAGCCUUCUUUGCCCUCUGUCCCCCCGAAUUCCUCUUCAAACACCCCCUCUAAACUGCCUUUUAAGCCGCCCAGUGCCUCCGAAACAGCCAUUACCUCAUUAACUCCCAAACCUCCCUCCCCCGCAUUGUCAUCACCCAAGAAUAUCAUAACAUCAUCCUCCACGACUCCCUCAAAGUCUCCCAGUCCUCUCACUGUAUCCACUACUCUCACCCAUAAGACCAUCUCUACUGCCUCCCAGCCUCUCUCACCUAAAUCCUCCUCUCCCUCAAAUCCCGCCGUGUCCUCUGAACCUCCAUCCGCUCACCCUCAACUCACCCGGACCCUCUCUCAGCCUCCCUCUCUGCCCAGAAUCUUCCAGUCAGGCUCAGGAAAAGUUCCUGUUUCACAUCAACGGCGCCCCCCGGAGGUUCAAACUGCAGAUGAUCUUACUUCAGUCUCUGGCCGUGCUCACAUUUUCAGACCUCAGGUUGUCAAGUCAAUCGCUCGCCCCUCCUCUCCCUCUCCUUUUUCCGCUGAUGCCCCUCCUCUCCCCAAAUCUCACCCCUCUAUAUCAGAGUCAGGUGCUAAGGGGGCGUGGUUGAAAUCUGGAAGUGACAUCAGCCCUGUCCCUCUGCUGAGUAGUCCCGACCUAGAUGCCCUCUGUGACCCCGCGGCUCCAGCCCUUACUGCCACUCUUCCACGCUCCUCACCCCCUCGCUCAUCUUCUCUUUCCACCUCUGUUUUAUUCUCCUCUCCUCACCUUAAACUCACUGUUUCUCCUUCUGCUCCUCCUGCUCCGAUCAGCUUCUGUCAGUCAGGCUCAACGUUUCCCUUCACUCAAGUAGUCGAGGAAACACCUUUGAGUCCUCUGAGCCGAGACGACAACCGGUCAGUGGCCAACAUCAAAGUAUCCAACCAGCUAAUCAGAACAGCCCAGGAUUCAAAGGCGGCCAUCCCAGAAAGCAAAGCUGAAACAGCAACGAUCAGUCCUGCCCAGUCAGAGCUGAUAAUAGCCCCGCCCCCUCCAUGGCCCUUCUCCUGCUGUGAGAGCUCCACCCCUCAGCAGCCCUCCACCAAUGUUGUUGCGGCAUUUAUCACUCCCAAACAGCCAAAUGCUCAGGGGGAAAUUGAUCUGAAAAAAACAACACAUGAGACGAAUGUUAUUAGCGCCUUUAAGGCCGAAAAGCCGCCACUGGCAAAGCCUGAGCCCGAGCCUGACUUUGACGACAUCAUCUUUGAGUCAUUUAACCAGAGACAAGAAUCAGGGGGCUUGUUUCUGGAAGAGGAUGACUCUAAGCGGGAUACUAUUAAAAGGUGUCCUCCGGGUCUUGAACAGAAAACCACUGAAAAGGCCGGUGGAGAAAAGCCGUCACUGACGAAGCAGUUAGAGCGAGCAGCGACGGAGAAGGAGGUGAUGAUAAAGGCAGAGCACGAAAAGCAAAGGGAGAACGAACAAGAGGAGGAAAGGAGGAGGAAAGUGGAAGAGCAAAAAGUAAUGCUCCAGAAGCAGGAAGAGAGGAGAAAACAUGAGGAAGAGAAGAAGAGACUGUUAGAGGAAGAGAAGAAGAGGCUCUUACAGGAGGAGGAGGAGCUCAAGAAGGAGAAGAAAAAGAAGAAAUGCGAGGAGGAGAGACUCCUGAAUGAGAGCAGAGACAAACAAGAGAAGCUGAGUGAGGAGAAGAGGAAGCGGGAUGAGGAGGAGAGGAAGAAAAGAGAGCAGCAGAGGAGACUCCUGGAGGUGGAGGAGGAAAAGGAAAAACUUAGGAGGGAGGAAGAGAGGAGACUUGAGAGAGAGAGAUUCUUGAGGAAAAUGAAAGAGGAAGAGGAGAAACUGAUGGAGGAGAGGAGAGUGUUUGAGGAGCAAAGGAGGAGGAGGGAGGAAGAGAAAAAGAGGCUCCUGGAAGAGGCAGAGAGGAGGAAGAUGGAGGAGAAAUGCUUGAAGGAGGAAAAAGAAAAGGAGCAACAGAAAAUGAAAGAGGAGGAAGAGAAAAGAAAGAUGGAGGAAGAGGAUAAAAAACAUCUACAGGAGGUGGAGAGACAGAAAAAUGAGGCAGAGAAGGAGAGUAAGAAGAGGGAAGAGGAGGAGGAGAGGAUGAAAGAGGAAGAGAGAAAGAAAAAUGAGGCAGAAGCAGAGAGGAAGAAGAGGGAGGAGGAGAGGAUGAAAGAGGAAGCGAUAAAGAAAAAGGAGGCAGAAGCGGAGAGGAAGAAGAGGGAGGAGGAAGAGAGAAAUAAAAAGGAGGCAGAAGCAGAGAGGAAGAAGAGGGAGGAGGAGAGGAGGAACGAGGAAGGGAGAAAGGAGGAGGAGAGGAAGAGGAGGGAGGAGGAGGAGGAUAAUAGAGCGAGGGAGGAGGAAAGAUUGAGGAAGGAGAAAGAUAAUGAGAGACUCUUAAAGAAGGAGAAUGAAAGGAUGGAGAGGAGGAAAAAAGCGGAGGAGAAAAGACGUGAAGAGGAGGAGGAGAAGAGAAAGGAGAGAGUCUUAAAGGAGCAGAAAGAAAAGGAGAGACAACUAAAAGAGGAGCUGAGAAGGCACGAGGCAGAGAAGAAGAAGAGGGAGGAGGAGGAGAGACACAGAGAGAAGAAAGAGAAAGCGGAAAGGAGAAUGAAGGAGGAAGACGACAGGAAAAAAAGAGAAGAGGAACAGAAGAAGCUUCUGCAAGAGAAGGAAGAGAUGAAAAAAAGAAAGAAUAAAGAGGAAGACGAAGACAAGAGGAGGAAGGAGGAUCGAGCAGCUCCAGUCUGCAGCAUGGAAGCCAACAAGUCAGAUGAGGACAAGAAGAAGAUGAAAACUUUGUUUUCCUCUUCUCUGCCAGUUCUUCGACCAAACACACACACCGACGUCCCUCCUCCCAGUUUCACACCCUUGCCCUCAGCUCUUAAAGAUGUACCACAAACUCCACUUCCUGCUCCUCGCCUCCCUCCUCCGGACAAAACCUGCGUUACAGCCGAGCAGCUGCUCUCACAGAUUCUCAGCCAAUCACAAGACAGAGAGACAACCCUUCAAUCAGUUAAUAAACCAGGCUACGCCUCCGAUGAGCGUCUGGGGCAACUUUGUCUCUCAAAGGAAGGUUCAUUUUCAAACAUUGUCGUCCCAGAAAAGAAAAUAUCUGCCACAUGUACACCACCUGGCAUCUGUUCAGGCCCCACUGUUCACGAUAAACCGUUUACAUUAGAGGUCUUGACCCUGGUGCCACCUCCACCGAGGCUGACUGAUGCAGAGGUUCCUCUAUGGAAAUCGCUAGAAGGGAGAAGUUGGAAAGAUACACCUCAAAAAAUCUCUGCCAUGGAGGGUACAAAACCUUUGUGCAGAGGAGAAGAUGCUGCUGAAGUGGACACCCCUGUCAGGCAGGAACAGCCAAUAACAACAAAAGACUCAGAAACACAUCCCAUAGUCCAACCUCCUGCUGAACCCUGCGCACCACCAGUUAAACAAGAGCCCCAAGAGCCAGAGGGACCCAGCGUAGAACUAGAAACCUCAUCCGAGGUUUCCCCCAAACCAGCCUUCGAGCGCACGGCUUUGGCGCUGGAGAAGCUGCUUCCCUCAAAGCCUGAACCAGAACUGCGGCUGGAAACAGUUCUCCUGCCUUCAGGAAAACCACAACAGGAGGGAGCAGAUGAGGUGAAACCAGGCCUGGCCGUGACUGGUGGUCAGGAGAGUUUCAUCAACAAUAAGGAGCCAGUGUGCGAGGCAGAGAAGCAGCUGUGGGUGACGGUGGAGGAGACCACAGCGGAGACAGGAGCGGAAAGAGGGAUGCAAAGUAGUGAGAGCCCUGAAGAGAAGGAUGAGAAGCAGGAGGAGGGUGGUGUAAUAGGGGGCGGCCGGAAAUGUGCACACACAGAGGCAAAUGUGUGUGUUGCGGAGCAGCAGAUGGAGGCGCCGGCUGGCUUCAUGUCAGCUGUAGUUGACGUGUUUUAUAGAGGCUAUGAGACAGUGGCCUCCAUCCUGCAGACAACUGGACUCACUGAUGCAGGUCAUCCACCUCGCUCUGCAGAACAGCCAUGCCUCCCUAUAAGUAAUGAAGAUCAGCCAUCUUUACAUGAAGUCGCUGCAGAGAUGCUAGAUGACAUGCCACUGAUUCCCAUUGGUGUGGACAUUUCUCCACCCACGGCCUUCUCUGACACAACAGAAAACCAGAAGUUUAGUGAACAGACUGGAUUCGCUCAAAAACCUUCACAUUGGGCUAAGUCUGGUGGCAACUCUGAGACUGUUAAAAAAGACAAAUCCAAGCUGAAAUCUGGUGCCAUCCCAGUGUGGUUGAGAGAGGAGGAGGACGAGGACGAGGUGGAGUAUGAGAGAGGGCAGGAGGAUCUUGGUUCCGUCUGGCUGGCUGAGCUGUACAUGGAAGGGAAAGCAGGUAUGAAGCUCCUCAUCCCAGACCCCCGUGAUAUUGACUGCGACACCACAGAGCUUGUUGAUCACAGUCAGCACUUGAUACCCUGCUGUGAUACCCUGCAGGAAGUAUCACUAACUGAAGCAGAAGAGCCACCGACCAAUGAGCUCAGGCAAAAUCAAGAAGGCGAGGAGGAUGUGCUAAAAGGCCAACAGGCAGACAUCCCUGAUGGUGGAAAGAAGUUUGGAGACACCCCUCCCCAUCAAAGUGAGAUGACGACAUCUCGACUGCCUACGUUACCAGAAGAAGAAACCUCUGACCUUAAGUCCCCUCAUACUGCUCCAAUGGUCAGAGAGGAGGCUGACGGGAAGGACGAUGCAAAUGAGGACCUGGUGAACUCCAGCCAGUCUCUGCUCCAGUGGUGUCAGGACAUCACCAGAGGGUACCGGGGGAUAAAGGUCACCAACUUCAGCACAUCCUGGAGAAAUGGUCUAGCCUUCUGUGCCAUCCUACAUCACUUCCAUUCAGACAAAAUAGAUUUUGACCAGUUGGACUCUCAUGACAUCAAGCUCAACAACAGGAAGGCGUUUGACGGCUUCGAGGCGCUGGGUAUCUCUCGCCUGCUGGAGCCGUCCGACAUGGUUCUUCUGUCCGUACCCGACAGGCUCAUAGUCAUGACCUACCUCUGCCAGAUCCGCUCACACUUUACCAACCAGGAGCUGAGCGUGAUGCAGAUAGAGCACAACAGCAGCCAGUCCAGCUACGGCCUCACCCUCUCUGGUCCCGGUCCCACUAACGUCGACGCUGCCGCUUUCUGCAUGGCCAGACUGAACGAAGGAGUGAGCCUAGAGGAAGGAGGGAGCAGCACGUUGGUCGUCCCGCCACCAAGGACCAAACGACUGGUUAAAGUGGACGAUUUAAUAACUCCAGUCCCACCACCAAGGUCCAAAAUAGUCAAAUCUGGACUGGGUCAGGAUGAAGACACAAAGACUGGAAGCACUAAUAAUACAGAGUUGCAGAGUACAGCUGAGACCCAGCCUCCCAAACAAGAAGAGGAAACAAUGGACACCAGCCAGUAUGUGCUGAGUGAGCUGGCGGCGUUGGAGACGGAGCAGAAGCACAUCGACAGCAGAGCCGCUGUGGUGGAGAGACGACUGCGAAGCCUCAUGGAAACAGGAAGUGACCGUGAUGAAGAGGAGAGACUGAUACAGGAGUGGUUCACUCUGGUGAACAAGAAGAAUGCUCUGAUACGCAGACAGGACAACCUGGAGCUACUACAAGAGGAGCAGGAUCUGGAGAGGAGGUUUGAGCUUCUGAACAGGGAACUUCGGGUCAUGAUGGCUAUAGAAGACUGGCAGAAGUCGUGCAAUCAGCAGCAGAGGGAGCAGCUGCUCCUCCAGGAGCUGGUGUCUUUGGUCAACCAGCGGGACGAGAUCAUCAGAGACAUCGACGCCAAGGAGAGAGGGGCAAUGGAGGAGGACGAGCGUCUGGAGCGCGGUCUGGAGAUGAGGAGGCAAAAAUAUAGCAACAAAGACAAAUGUGUCCUGCAGUGAGAACAGCUUUCACUACUGCCACCCAGAAGUCCCGAAAGCUCCAUAUUUCCCUGUUUUUUAGUGCCUUUAUUUUCCCGGAGAACUGUUAAAACCCAACAUGAGGAAAGACAAGAUAUGGUCUGCAAACUGUGUCUUCUUUAAAAGUGUUUUCUUUAAAAUGUAUACCUGUUCAUGUCAACGUUUCAGUCUGUCUUAAGUAUUAUUUUGAUUCUGUUCACAUAUUUUUUAUUUAUUUAAAUGAUGUGUCAGAUUAUCGUACAUCUAUUGCACAUGUGUUUUGAGUGAUUGUGUGUUUGUUCAUAUGUGCGUUUGUUCAGCAUUUAAACUCUUCCUCUUCUUUUAAAAGAAAAAGAAAUGGUUCCCCUCAUUACGGCAAAAUCUGUUGGAUUACUAAAACCAAAAUGUGCCUUGUCCUUUCUGUGGUUUCUGAGGAUAUUCGUCUUACAUUUCUAUUUCAAACGUAUAUAUUUGGUUGUAAAAAAAUUACAAUAUUUGGUUGUACAUGUCAAGACAUAUUAGAUUUAAUAAUAACAUGUGACAGGUCAUGAGCUGGACUCAAACUCACAAAAUUGAGAGUACAGGGUACAUGUUUUCAACUUAAGUAUAACCCCCAUCAAAGCAUUUUUAUAAACCUGAAAAGCAUUUCCACUUAUUGCAAUUUUGAUUGUUUUCUUUUUUAGAUGUUAGGUGUUAAAAGUGUUCUUCAUAUUAAUGAGUUAUCAAACCUUGUGUGAACACAAACCCUGAAUGCCUUAAAUCCGCCACAGCGUGUACGGUUGAGAUGUUUGUGCCUGUUUGAUUCACAGAAUUGAACCUGUUUCCUCACUUCUGUGUACUUUGACUACUGUAUGCAUGCUGUUUGAGGUGUGCUGACAAAGUGGUACUCUGCUUCACAUCACUACUGUAUAUCACACACUGUACACCUGAUGUUGCUGUCUAUAUUUAUGAGGAGAAGACAUGAUGAAUGAUGUUGAUAAAUAUGUUGAAGAAACAUAAA